GUCGAACAGAAUAUUCGGCAAACACGCGCUUUCUCACCUCAACGCCUCCCUCAAUCUACUCGAAUAGCGUGCCGUGUAUAGCGUCCCUUUAUAUAUUAAAACACACAGCAUCACAUAAUAUAAUGCAUUAUUGGAAUUUGAAUCCAUUAUUUUCGAAUAUUCAAACUCACGAACCCUAAUUUAGAGGUAAUGGCAGAAUCAAACCCCAAAUCUCAACCAGAAGUUAUGGAGAGCGAGGAGCAGAAGAUGAAACGCUUGGAAUUCGUGCAAGUUGCGGCUUUCCAUGCGGUGAUUUUUGCUGCGAAAGUCUAUAAUUACGCCAAGGAUAAAUCAGGGCCGUUGAAGCCCGGGAUCCACACAGUCGAGGGCACCGUCAAGACCGUUGUGGGACCCGUCUACGACAAAUACCAUGAUGUUCCCGUCGAACUGCUCAAAUUUGUUGAUCGCAAGGUCGACGAGUCGAUGAACAAGGUGCAGAGUCAUGUCCCCACAGUUCUUAAGCAAGUGUCAACCCAAGCCUUCUCGAGUGCUCAGAAAGCUCCAUCAAUGGCUCGCUCCGUCGUGACAGAAGUCAAAACUGCUGGAGUUGUUGAAACUGCCUCAGGUCUUGCGAAAACCUUUUACGCCAAAUACGAACCUGCUGCCAAGGAUCUGUAUUCCAAGUACGAACCGGUAGCUGAACAUUUUGCUGUGUCGACCUGGAGAUCUCUCAAUCAGCUCCCGCUCUUCCCUCAAGUGGCUCAAGUCGUCGUUCCAACGGCCAGUUAUUAUACCGAGAAGUACAACCAGACUAUUCAACUUUCGGCUGAGAAAGGGCACAAAGUUGCAUCAUAUCUUCCGUUGGUCCCAACCGAAAAGAUCGCAAAGGCAUUUAGCGCUGAUAAAACUAAGCCCAUGGUUUCGACCGGAGGAGCUGUUGAAGCACAUUGAUGCUGCUUCCAUUACUGUAAUGCUAUUAUCAUGGUAAAAUGGUGAUAUAUUUACAUGACAAUGUUGUGGAUAGUAGAUAAACAACAAGUGUUAUGAAAUACUUCGUUUUCUUUUCUUUUGUUUACUGUCUAUUCCUAGUAUGAAUGAAUAAAUUAUAUUCAUUUUUGUAU